AUGUCGGCAUCCGCUUCUAUUGAUCCAGAAACACCUACUUCUGCCACACCUAUUCCAAAUGAGGAGAUAAGUAUGGUUGACAACCCGGUGAAGGAAGAAGAUAAACAAGAGCAAAAUGGUAAGCCGGUUGAUGUAGAAAAGGCUAAGAAUACAUUUCAAGAAAAGGCGAAAAAUUAUUUAAUUGACCAGUCGAGCCACAUUGUGAUUCCUUCUUUUGCCAAGUGGUUCAAUAUGAAUGAUGUUCAUAGUAUAGAAAAGAAGCUGUUUCCGGAUUUUUUUCCAGUCAAAGAUGGUGACGAAUAUAAGUCUAUUUACAAGACAGGGGAGAUCUAUAAGAACAUGAGAGACUUUAUGAUUAAUUCGUAUAGAAUCAAUCCGUUGGAAUACUUAACUGUUACUGCUAUUCGUCGUAAUUUGGCGGGCGACGUGUCGAGUAUUAUCAGAAUCCAUCAUUUCUUGGAAAAAUGGGGAUUGAUUAAUUACCAGAUUGACCCAAGAACUAAAUCCACCGUAGUUGGACCUCAGUAUACCGGCCACUUUCAGGUCACGUUGGACACGCCAAAGGGAUUGGUGCCAUUUAUCCCUGAUAACAUUGAGGUUAUUGAUUCGGCAAAAGACUUACCUUCACCACCAAACUCAGUUGAAAAUGAAACUAAUGAGAAUGACCACACAGACCACGAGAAGGACCAAGAUAUUAAAGUGAAACAAGAAAUCCCUAUAAACAUGGAAGUUAGACGUAAUAUAUAUACUAACUCCAAUGAUGUGUCGAAAAAUAUUAAUACUCAAAACAUAAUCCAAUACUUCUGUAACACUUGUGGUAAAGAUUCAAGUGAAGUGAGGUACCACAAUUUGAAGAGCAAGUCAUAUUCGAACAAUCCCAACUCAAAUAUAAACAAUGCUUCUGUUUUGUGUAGUACAUGUUUUGAUCAAGGAUUAUUCCCUCUGAAUUUCCAGUCUUCUGACUUCGUUAAGUUACAAAAAAGUAAUGACAAUAUAGAAUGGUCAGAACAAGAAAUUUUAUUAUUGCUAGAAGGUAUCGAAAUGUUCGGGACAUUUGAUGCCAGCUCAAAUAAUGCGAAUGUUUCGUUGAAUUCCAACGCAAACGGGCAGUGGGAUAAAAUCGCUGAAUUUAUUGGGACUAAAACAAAGGAACAAUGUUUGAUCAAAUUUAUACAAUUACCAAUUGAGGAUAGAUACUUAAACAAACUAAUAAAUUCCAAUAAAAAGGAUGACACUUUUAAUCAAGAAAAAAUUGUCCAAGACAUUGUUAGUCAAAUAAUCUCAAACAAGUCAGGACAAGCGUUAGUGGAAGAAAAUUCAUUGAAAAGUUUAAAUGAAUCGAUAAGCGAACAAUCGAAUUUAAUAAACCAAAUUACAGAAUUAACUUUGGAGAAGUUCCAAAUCAAAAUGCAGAAUUUAAGUAAUUUAGAAUCAAACUUGAUUGAAGUCCAAAAUUCAUUGAACUUGGAAAGGAAGCAGUUAUUGAUUGAAAGAUGGUCGAAUUUCGAAAAAAUUAAUAAGUUCAAGAAAUCUCAAGAGAACUUGAGUCCAGAAUUGAAUAACUUACUUAAUGACUUGUUGACACCAAUAAAUGUAAAUGAAAUCAAUAAGUCGUUUAGCAAUAAUCUCAAUUUAAAUAAUGAUUCAAACAGAAUGGAUGUUGAUAGCUCUAACAACUUAUCGAGUAGUAUUGAUAAUGAUAGCAUCCCGGUAAGUAUUGCCAAACCAAAGAAUUAUCAAUUCUGGUCUGGUUGA